GGAAAAUCAAGUGCAAAUAGAUUACAUUUGACGACAUCAAGUCAAGUGUAGAUAAAAGCCUGGCGUUCGCUCGAUUGACUCCAUCAACUUCACAAUGGCACCCAAGAUCUUUCUCACAGGCGCAACAGGUUACAUCGGCGGUGACACGCUUUACGAACUUUACAAUAAACAUGCAGACUAUGAGAUCGCUGCUCUCGUACGAUCAAAGGAGAAGGGCAAGCCUGUAAAAGAUGCUUUUCCAAAAGUUCGCCUCGUGAUUGGUGAUCUGGACAGCUCAAAUCUCAUCGAAGAGGAAGCCGCGAAGGCUGACGUAGUUAUCCAUACCGCUGAUGCCUCGGACAACGAGCCUGCAGCGAAAGCCAUCGCCAAAGGUCUCGCUUCCGGCCAUUCAAAACAGAAGCCCGGAUUCUGGCUCCACACCGGCGGCGCCGGCAUCCUCUGCUGGGAGACCAUGCGUGACGACAAGAAACUUGGGGAGCACUCGGACCGCGAGUACAACGACUGGACUGCCGUGCAAGACCUCACCGGCCUACCAUCGGACGCCUUUCACAAGAACGUCGACGACCUGGUUCUGAACGCUGGCUCCGACUCCGUUAAGACAGCAAUUCUCUGUCCACCCACCAUCUACGGCCGCGGCCGAGGACCAUCGCACACGCGCUCACGUCAGGCGUACGAGCUAGCUCAUCUUAUCUUAACAGGCGGAUAUAUUCCCAUCAUCGGCCAAGGGAAAGCGCGCUGGAACAACGUCCACGUCGCCGAUCUCGCCCAACUCUUCGUCCUCCUCACCGAAGCCGCUGUCUCAGGAAAGACGGACGCCGAACUCUGGAACGAGCAGGGCUACUACCUAGUCGAGAACGGCGAGCACCUCUGGGCCGAUCUUGCGCGCAACAUGGGUAAGAAGGCGGUCGAGUUGGGAUUACUGAAGGGCGAGUUGGAGGAGCAGAGUCUGGGCAAGGAUAAGGCGAUUGAUCAAGCGGGGUUUGAGGCGGUGAGCUGGGGCUUCAAUUCGAGGGGUAAGGCGGAGAGGGCGAGGAAGGUCGUUGGGUGGAAGCCGACGAGUCCGAGUAUUGAUGAUACGCUGGAUGAGAUUCUGAAGGAUGAGAAGAGCAGGAUUGAUAAGAAGUAAAGAGCAAAGAGAAGACAGAGCAAAGCGCAAAUAGGAUGUAUCGGAAGUUCAACGCAUGAUCAAGUGAUGCAGAACGCGCACAAUAUAGCUAUCCUCUGUAAAC